ACUAAGUUGUCGCUAUUUUUUUUCAUAGUAUUCGCUUAUUACUUUUCUAAUUUCUAUACACUACUGCACUAGUCACUUCUCACUUGUCUGCGGUAGUCGUUUAUGCUCUAAUUAUUUUUUGUAUUGAAUAUUGAUUACAUUUUUAAAUUUAUUUUACUAUUUAGUAGUUAGUAAUUAUGUUUGCCCAAUUGUAUUGAAAUCACGACAAUAUUUUGUCAUAGUUUAAUUCAUAUUGGUGAACUGUUCAUAAAUAUUAAUAUUUCAUAAUGAAAACUUGAAGAUAAACUAUAAUUAUCUAUUAAAUGAUUAGAUAUACUGAUGUACUUGCGUAUACCUUGCUACGCUCAUUCUUAUAAUGACAGUUGAGUUUUUAGUAUCUAUACAUCAAAAUCUUAAAAAAUAAGAGUCCAGUUAUAUGUUUAUCUGUAACAAGAGCAAUGUUAUACCGACAAUGGCUUUAAUGGGUGAUCAGUUUGACAUUACACAAAGGAAACCAGCUUAUGUACGUUUUCAAAACAACACCUGCUAUAGCAUUGAAGUAAAUUGGAUGAAUUUUCACAAUAAAGAACAAACCUACUGUAUUUUAGAUCCAAACAAAUUUGUAGAUGUAAACACAUUUUCUACACAUUCAUGGACUUUUAGAGAAUGUAUAUCAAAGAGUCGUAUGGUUGUUGCAGGAAGAGAAAUAUUCAUUGCGACACCUUGGGCUGAUGAACAUAGGCGUCUUGAAUUUAAACAUCCUAUCAAUGUACCAUUAAGAACAAGGGUUUUAAUUGAAAUGCCAGCUAUGGACUUACGACAACUAUGCCUGUUAAAAUUAGCUAAUAUAUUGAAAAAUAAAGAUGACAUAAUCACAUUGGAAAUACCUACAACACUUCAAAAGGAAUUAAUAGAAAUGAUAUCAAAUAAAGAAACUAGUAAAAUUCAAUUGACUAACUAAUAGUACAUUGUAAACUUGUUAUACAUUAUUUUAUUGGAAAUAAAUAUAUACAUUAUUAAAUAAAAAUAAUAGUUUUGGUAUGAUAAAAUUAUAUGUAUACAUGUGAGUUGUAAGCAUCUGCAUUCAGUAUAAGUCUGUUGUUAUAAAAUAAUCUUUAAUUAAAAAACUAGUUACAGCGCAUCUCAUUUAGUCAAAAAAGUCCUGUGAAUUAGUUGCAUAAUUGGGCUGUUAUAUGCAUGUUAUGAAUAUAUAAAUUUUAAUACAUACAAAUAUAAGAUAAAAUAAUAUUUUUGAUAAUAUAUUAUGAAUGUGAUACAAAAUUAUCUUAAAACUUGAUACUGUAGUGCAUGAAUUCUUGUUUUAUUA